AUGGUUUUGCCAGUGUUACAAAGUGAUUCUGAUGAUCAAUGUGACUAUCCGCAUCAUCAUUGGCAGCAGAGUUCUCCACCUCAAGCAAACGAGAUGCAUGCAAGUGAUGGCUUCUCCAGUGCUAAUCUCCUUGGUGAAGGUGGUUUUGGUCAAGUUCGCAAAGGAAAUCUUUCCAACGGGAAAGAGGUUGCAGUAAAGCAGCUGAAAAUAGGAAGUGGACAGGGCAAGCGUGACUUUCAGUCUGAGGAUGAUACUGUAAGUCAUAUCCAUCACAAGAAUCUGGUUUCAUUAGUUGGCUACUACAGUACUGAUGAUCUAAGACUGUUGGUUUACGAUUAUGUUCCAAAUAAGACCCUGGACCUUUAUUUACACGGAACGAGAGGGAAGCCUCUUCCCAGUAAUUGGGCUCCUCUAAACUGGGCAACUAGGAUAAAAGUUGCUUUAGGAUCUGCAAAAGGAUUGGCAUACUUGCAUGAGGUUUGUCAGCCGAAGAUCAUCCAUCGUGAUAUUCUUCUUGAUAACAGUUUUGAGGCGAAGUCGCGGCCUUUGCUCUCACAGGCUAUUUGUGAUGCCGACUUUGGUACUCUAGUUGAUGCAAGGUUGCAGAAGAAUUAUGAUUUCACUGAAAUGUCCCGAAUGGUUACUUGUGCUGCGGCUUGUGUGCGCCAUUUGGCUCGACUUAGGCCAAAGAUGAGUGAGCCAUCACCCUCUAGCAGUGAACGUCUUCGGGUUUAA